AUGGUGUCGACUUUGAAUCUUCAAGAAAAAUAUAAUAAAGUACGCAAAAGUUUCUGCUUUUAUUUGGAUAUUCAAGAACCUGGACUCUCUAAAUCCAUAUCGAGAAGAUUACAGGACAUGGGUUUGCAAGAGGAAGUGUUUCUAACUCCACGAGUGACACACGUGGUCGGGUCCCGCGCGGCGCUGGUAGCGUGCGGCAGCGCGGGCGGGCCGCGAUGCGCGCGGCGUGAGGGGCGCGCGCGCGCCGAUGCCAUGCUGGAGCGGCUGCGGCCGGAGCCCCAGCCAGUGCCGCCCCACCCUCACACCUAUGUGCACCUCACCGUUCAAAAGGCUAUAAGUCUAUUGGAUAAGCUAUAUGAGACAUUCUUCACGGCACCGCGUAAAACGCAUGUCAGACUCUUCAGUAAACAUUUUAUCAAGAUUGAAUUUUUGGACAAACUGUGCAAAUCAGUUUACAAGGAGUUUGAUGAAUGGCCUCAAAUAUCUUUAGAGCCUGAUCCACCAAAAGAGAAAAAGGAAAAAAAACAAUCCCCUGAAAAUCUCAUUAAUACUAUUAAGAAUACUGCAGGUCAGAAGAUGACUAGAAAGAGUCGACCUCGAAUAAAGGAAAGAGAAGAAAAAGAACAAAAGGGAGGUUACUGUGAAAUGUGUAACACAGCCUAUGCAGAUGCGGCUUCACACCGUCGAUCACCGCACCAUCUAGCUUUCGUCAGAGACCACACAAAUUUUAUUGCACUUGACUCUUUAAUUAGUUCAGGAGCAGAUGUUUCUACAUUCCUUGAUAAAGCGACACCUAUUAAUGGCGAAAGACGAUCUCUAAGGAAAUUCUGCAAUGGCGAUGCAGAACCAAAAACUAAGCGAUCAAAAACAUCCCAGUCCCCUGAGUCAACAGUUAAUGGCAGCCAAAGUCCAAAACGCAAUGGUGGGCUUGAUGAUGAAAAGAAACAUAAUACACGAUGUAAUAAAAAGUCCAGUGAGUCCCAGAUAUCUGAAGAUCGCCAGUAUUACAAAGUGGUUGGUGUGAGCACUAAGCUUCGAUCUAGUGGCGGUUUUACCCCAAAAAGCAAAGACCCACCAACAGCAUGCAAUGGCACAAAACCUUUAGUUGUUAAGUUUAGAAAAGUUAGACGUUCAGAACUUUCAGUUCUAAGUGAUGAAGCAGAACAAUUUAUGUUUCCAAAACGAGCAAGUUCAACAAGUUCCACAUCAUCUGAAGAUAAGGACGAUGAUAAUGACGAUGAUGAAGAGGAUAAAGAAGAGAUUUCCCGAACGAAAAGAAAGACCCCACCAAAAACCGUGAUCCAACCAAUCAAUGAUCGACAAAGAUUAGCUAGGCCCCUAGCUUUGAAAGAAGAAUCAUCUGAAGAAGAUAGCUGGUCUGAGAACCAAAGAAAACGGAAAAAGCGGGGAUCUGUUGGAAAUAAACGAGGGCGACGAAAUAAAACACCUGUUGUUGAUCUCCCGCCAAUGCCACCGGAACCUAAACAACCAUCACCAUUACCAUCAUCGUCACCAACACCACCACCACCACCACCACCAUUACUACCCCUCUCUCAGCAGCCACCAGAAAUGCCACCUGAAGCUGAGAUUAACCCAUUAAGAGAAGAACUUUCCGAAAAGUGUAUGAAAUGGGAGGAUGGUAGACUGAAGUAUACCCCAGCAGUAGAAAAUUUAGAAUUUGCCUUUGAGUCAAUACCACACAGUGAGCCUUGGUUUGAAACAUUUAAACGUCAAGACCAAGACAAAGUAGCGACAAGAAAUAUACCACAAUAUUUUGCAUUAUAUUCAAAAUCCCCAAAGUUACCCUAUGAAAUUGGUCAGUUACCACCAUUGAAGCCAAAUUGUUGUCCUCUUAGUGACAUAGCUAAACGUGACGAUAAACCUGGUCCUUCACGUUCGUAUGGGACGCGCGGUAUGAAGAAACAGAAGAUAAGAAAAAGAACAGUAGCAUUAAUGGCAUUAGAACAUCCUAGAAAGUCCCCAAGAGAACAUGCCUCUACACUAGCAAUACUUGGAUCAGCAGGAUUGUUGCAUAGGCGAAAACAUCCAGAAGAUGCAAAAUCAACAGCAUCUGAAGACACUAUCAGCGACACUCAUAGCACUGCAAAAGUGGAACCUGUUAUAUCUGAAACUCAAGAAGCCUCUGAGAGACUUCAACAGUUUUUGUCAGAAGUGUUUGAGGACGCUGCUGAUUAUGACAUCUCCGAUGACAUCAUGGAAGGCGAUGCAACAGUUACUACAUCUACAAACAUUCCAGAUGUUUCCAGCUUAGUGUCAGAAUGUGACAACUGUGAUAUUAUUAGAAAUGAAAUAAAACAGAGUAGUUCUGUUCAUGCGAGAACUAAAAAGGGUAAAUUUAAGAAAAAGAACAAGACAGGAUGGCCUAGUAAAAGGAAGCAAGUUAAAAAGGAUUCCCGCAAUAGUAGUAUGGAGACAGAUGAAAAAGCAGAGAGUUUUCAAUCUUCUAUAGAACCCCCAGAUGAUGAAACUACUCAAGACACUAUCAUUGAAGAAGAUCCAAAUCUAUUAGAGACUGAGAAAGAUGAAACACUAAUAGAAAAUAAGGAAAAAUUUGAGGAUGUUGAAAAAGAAGAUACAAAAGCAGUAGAAGAAAAUUUUAUGGGAUCUCAAACUCAUUAUGAGAAAACAGAAAUUGAUAUAUCUCACCCGAAAGAAGAAAAGCUAAUACCUGAUGAAAAGUCAGUUCAUUUGGAUUUGAAAGUUUUAGUUCAAGACAAACUUAAGCAAAAGACCGUAAAAGCUGAAGAUAAUGAUUGUAAAAGAACUUCACGGUCAUCUGCCUCUGAGACAGAAGAAAAAGAUAGGAACUCUAAAAAGAAACGUCCAAUAUUGCCUGUAGGGGAUUGGUUACAGCCUAUAGUGAGAGUAUCCAGAAUGGAUCCAAAUAGUGCAAUGCGGUUACGUUCUGCCGGUCGAGCUCGAACUAACCGUUACAGAUAG